UUACCUACCAGCUUGCUGGACGCCAUUUUGAUUCAUUCACAUCGAACGGUAUACUGGUGUAGUACGUCCUCUGUGUAAAAAUUGUAGUGAUUGUUGUGUAUUCAGUUAUUGUGAGUGAAUUGUUAUCUAGAUAAAGGACUGAACAAAUAGUCAGGAUUUCAAACGUUAUUUAUUGAUUGUCGCAGUAAUUAUGGGACGAGGAAGGGAUCGUAGCCGAGAUAGACGUCGUAGUCGUAGUAGAAGCAGGAGUAGAAGUCGCAGUCGAAGCCCCCGUUAUGGUCUUGGAUCAGGCGGUGGCGGCGGAGGCGGCGGCGGCUACGGCGGUGGGCGCAGAAGCAAUCCCGGAGCUAGUCUACGAAAACCGAAGUGGGAUUUAAGUCGACUAAAGCCAUUUAAGAAAGAUUUCUAUGUACCUCAUAUUGAUGUAGAAAAUAGACCUGAAUCCGAAGUGGAAGCUUGGAGAAGUGAUAAUGAAAUCACCCUCAAAGGACGCAAUAUCCCAAAACCGACCAUGACCUUCGAAGAAGCCGGUUUCCCUGAUUAUGUUAUGGAUGAGAUUGAUAAAAUGGGAUUUUCCAAGCCCACACCUAUCCAGGCUCAGGGUUGGCCUAUUGCUUUGAGUGGAUGUGAUAUGGUUGGUAUAGCAUCUACAGGUUCAGGAAAAACCCUGUCUUAUAUUUUACCUGCAAUUGUGCAUAUUAACAACCAACCAAAAUCAAGUCGUGGUGAUGGCCCUAUUGCACUUGUUCUGGCUCCUACCAGGGAAUUAGCACAACAAAUUCAAGAAGUCUGUGACAAGUUUGCAAACACAUCCAAAAUUCAUAACACUUGUCUGUUUGGUGGAGCUCCUAAGGGGCCACAAGCCAGAGACUUGGAUGCUGGUGUAGAAAUAGUAAUUGCUACUCCUGGCAGACUUCUUGAUUUUCUUGAGAGCGGAAGAACUAAUUUAAAAAGAACUACUUAUUUAGUGCUGGAUGAAGCUGACAGAAUGUUGGAUAUGGGAUUUGAACCUCAAAUAAGAAAGAUCAUUGAACAAAUUAGACCUGACCGUCAAACUCUUAUGUGGUCUGCUACAUGGCCUAGAGAAGUUCAGAGUUUAGCUGCGGAAUUCUUAAAAGAUUAUCUGCAAAUUAAUGUAGGCUCUUUGCAAUUGGCAGCUAAUCACAAUAUUUUGCAAAUCAUUGAUGUAUGUAUGGAAUAUGAAAAAGAAACCAAAUUAAGUACACUCCUUAAAGAAAUAAUGGCAGAAAAAGAAAAUAAAACUAUUAUUUUCAUUGAAACUAAACGGAGAGUUGAUGAUAUUACGAGAAAAAUGAAACGUGAUGGGUGGCCUGCAGUAUGUAUUCAUGGAGAUAAGUCACAAAAUGAACGAGAUUGGGUUCUACAAGAUUUUCGUAGUGGGAAAGCUCCCAUUCUAGUUGCUACGGAUGUUGCUGCUAGAGGUUUAGAUGUUGAUGAUGUGAAAUUCGUUAUCAAUUUUGAUUAUCCAAGUAAUUCGGAAGAUUACGUACAUCGCAUCGGAAGAACUGGACGGACUAACAAAACUGGAACAGCAUAUACAUUCUUUACGCCAUCGAAUGCUGCUAAGGCAGCCGACCUAGUGGCUGUAUUGAAAGAAGCCAAACAAGUAGUAAAUCCUAAAUUACAAGAACUUGCUGAACGAGGUGGGGGAGGCGGGAGACGACACCGUGGCCGUGGCGGAAGAUAUCGUCGUGGGCGUCGCUCUCGCUCGCGCUCCAGGUCACGCCGCCGUCGCUCCCGCUCCCGUUCUCGCUCACGUGAUCGUCGUCGCAGGCGCCACAGCUCCUCCAGAUCUUCGCGAAGCCGAUCAUCGAGGUCAUCGAGAAGUCAUUCACGUUCCCGCUCCCGGUCGCGUAGCCGAUCUCGCUCAGGCAAGUGCAGCCCAGUGAAGAAUACUUCGGAUUCGGGUCAACAACAGGCGCCCCAAGCUCUUCUUCCCACGCCGAAAACCCUUCUGCCGACUCCCAUUGGUCCCCAGUUACCCAACCACACUAACAAGGUUCCAUCCUCAUCCCCUGUAGAAAACAAAGUUCCUCCUAAUGAUAGAAAAAAUAUUCCUAACAAUCCUGUAAACAAUGGUAAUCAGAAUUAUUUACAACAGCCUCCUCAAAUACCGCCUUUGAUGGCUCUUAAUCCUCAAAUGAAUAUGUGUGCUCCUCCUCCUCCAAUGAAUGGACAAGGCUUUGCUUUACCUCCUUAUUUUCCUGCUGACCAGUACGGUAUGAUGAUCCCAAACUUCCCACCGUCAAUGCUUCCACCGGGUGGUUGGGCUGCCCCGCCGCCACCACCGCCUCCCCCUCCGCCCUCCGAGUCCUCGGCUAAAGGUAGUCACGAGCAAAGGGGCCCUGGCCAAAGUGGCCUCGAGUCAGAUUCCAGAAAACGCGGGGCUCGCUCAGGCGGGCUCGGUGGCUCGGGCGGCUAUGGACCCACUGCGGGCGGGCUCGGCUCCAGCAGCGGCGGGCUCGGGGCCGGCGGCGGGCUUGGCUCGUCUGGCCCCGGACUGGGCUCGUCAGGCCCCGGGCUCGGCUCGUCAGGCCCCGGGCUCGGCAACAGCACAGCGCUUGGUUCCGGUGGCGGGCUGGGCUCCGGAGGCGGGCUGGGCUCGUCCGGUGGGCUCGGUUCGUCCGGUGGACUUGGCUCCGAUGGCCCAGCUGGCUCGCGAUCGCGAGGCCGCGACCGGCGUCGCCGCGGCCGAGGACGGGAUCACGACGACUUAGACUCUGCCAACUCAGGAGGUCUCGGCUCGUCAGGGCUCGGUGGGCCUGAUGGCGGCGGGCUGGGUCAACCGCCCGGCGGCGGCUACAAUUCUGGCGGUCUCGGCGUACCUCACGGGAGCCUCUUGCCGCGCAUGCUACCUCCGAGCGUUGUCGAUGGCGUUGGACCACAGGGUGCUAACUUUACUGCGUUUGGGUCAUAUGGAUCUAAAAAUAUUAAGCAGAAUAGCAAUGUUGAAGGAAACGAGAGUAGCGAGGGUUACAAUGCUGCUGAUUGUAGAAUGCAAUAUUACGGUCCACAAAAUGCUGGGCCCGGUCGGCCUUACGGUCUCGGUAUGGACCAGAUGGGUGCCAACGGUGCGCUGGCGAAUGGCUCCGUGGGGUACAAUAAUGACCGCCAGAGAAAUCGCCGACGAUGAUUGCGACUGAGAAAAUGGAUAUAAUGGGGACUCUCGUCGACGCAGGCGACGUUAAACAUCAGUGAAAUGUGAACGAUCGAUCGUAUGGAGUAAGGAACAUAGUUUAGUUACAUAAGAUUUGACACAGACUAUUUUUAUUUCCAUUCCAUGUUGUAUUUAUUUAAUGUGUGACCAUUAGUGCAGUGCUACACAUGUGUUUAAGUAUUUCCCCAAUUUUCAACUAGUACACACAUAAUGCAUUGUAUAUAAACAUUAAUUACAUUAAUGUUUUAGAUUUACUAUUAAAUAAAAUAAUUAUUAUUAUCUCAUUUGAUACAUAGUUUCAUAAAAAGUGCCAGUAUAAUAUUCGCGAUAUAUUUUUCAAUUUAUUAUGUAUACUUAAACUAAUAAUUAACAUGGUCACGUAAAAUAAUGUACAUAAAUAAGUGAUAUUAGGUCACUACAAAAAGCAUCAAAUGUUGAAUUAUUUUUGCUAAAACUACCAAAAAAGAGUUUCUGGUAAGGACUUUCUACUGAUGAUGAGACAGUUAGUUAUAAACCAGUGUUGAUAAAUUGAAUCAAAUGUCCUGUGUUGUCAGUAGACAGUUUUAUUUGAGUAUUGCAUUGCAUUACUUUGUGAAUCUUGGAAUUUUGUUUGUAUUGUGUUUUAAGUGCAAUUGUGAUUUAAGUAUCAUUUAAUUGUAGCAGGAUAUUAGAUUACUUUAAGUAUGUACCGUCUUAUAAUAAUAACACCUACUAUUCAUAGGUAUUUUCAUGAAUCUUUUUGACUAGUGAAGUGUAUCUUGUAAUACAAUAAAUGUAAACGAAAUUAAAGUUUUACACUAAUAAUAA